UAAUCAUUCUACCAAGUUCAUAACUUAAUAUUCACUCAAGAAAAGAGAGAGAAUAAACUGUGUUUGAUAAGCAAAAAUGGCAUCUGUUGUGAUGACUUCCCUUCCACAGUUCAAUGGGCUCAAGCCCCAAACAGCAACUCUCUCUCCUGUCAAGAGCUUGGUGGCUGUCCAACCCAUGAGGCGCAGAGGACAGGGAGCUUUGGGUGCUCGUUGCGACUUCAUCGGCUCGCCCACCAAUUUGAUCAUGGUUACUGCCACUAGUUUGAUGUUGUUCGCGGGCCGAUUUGGAUUGGCUCCAUCGGCGAACAGAAAGGCAACCGCCGGACUGAAAUUGGAGGCAAGAGACUCGGGACUCCAAACCGGUGACCCAGCUGGCUUCACUCUAGCGGAUACAUUGGCCUGUGGCACCGUGGGUCACAUAAUUGGAGUUGGAGUUGUACUUGGUCUAAAAAACAUUGGUGCUUUGUAAAUCAUUAUUUCUGAAAUGUUUUAGAAACUUUUCAAUUCUCACCGGUGAUUCAAAUAUUUAUAUCUUU